AUGCAAUAUUGCUUCCUCAAUCACGUAAAGUAGCCUUCCAAAUUCUUCCAUUUUCAUUCGAAAUUUUUUUUCUUUUUAUUCUAUUUUUUUAUUUUUUAUUUUAAUGGCUUCCCAUACGCUCUCAUUUCUCCCCAUUGCGGUUUCCACUGCUCAAUCUCUCCACCGGAACCGCCACGACUCUUCGUUGUCUCUUCCGGUGAGUUCCAUGCUUGGGAAAAAGCUUUUAAUUCGAAGCUCCAACUUGAGGAGUUUCGUUCCCAAGCAACAUUCCUCUCCGACGGCGACAGUGGCGUUUAGUGUGGAAAGUUCGUAAGUUUUGGUUAAUUUAUUCAAUUUUGUGCGUUUGUGUUUGAAUCUAAAAUUUUGGUUUACGGAUAAUUUCAUUUUCGGAGUUAAUUUUGCGGGAAACAAGUAAGGAAUCCUUCUGAGAGACUCCCAAAUGGUGGUGGUGUUAAGUGGUGAGCCAGAGCAAUAAAGGCAUUUGCAAUGGGGGAAUUGGAGGCGAGGAAGAUAAAGUAUCCCGAUACUGGCACUGAAGCAAUCCUUAUGGGAAUUCUGGUUGAGGGUCAGUAAUUUCUUAGCCAUUUUAUCACAUUGCUUGUUAUUGUAGCAUCAUCUUUCUGAAAUAUUAGCAUUCGAUAAAGUUUGGAAAUUUAAGCUAGUUAUAGUUAGAAAAUUUUCUAUUUGAUGCUAUGUUGUCGUGAAUAUGGAUGCAGUACAGCGGUAUUGUAGUAGGCUGUUUGGGGUUUAAAUUCAAUGGUUACAAUCCAGUAAUUUACUAUUUUGGUUUGCUAUAUUGAAGGUUAAACUGAUUUAAAGUCACUAAAUGAGUAAAUGAGCAAGUCACUGCCCAGGAAACUUAAUGUUGCUGGUUUGAAUUAUGCAAGUAGAAGUAGGUCAGUUGCUUUGGAGCACUUUUUAGAGAUAUCAUAAGCAUGAACUGAAGGUCUGUUAGUGUGGUUUCUGUUAAACCCUUUCAAACUCUAUAUUUGACUAAUUUUUUCAUUCAAUUUCACAUUACUAACUCACCUGCAAAAUAGAUAUCAAGCAUUCUAAUCCAGGCUUGGUCUAACAGAAGUGGCACUCUUUAAGGAGGGAGAGGGUAAAUUAACAAGGUUGAAACUCUGUUUUCACAGUGAACCAGAAACGUGAAAAAGAAAGGAGAAAGGCAUUAUUACUCCUUUAAUGUGCAGUGUUGCUGCACAAUUCUCCAUCAAUUUGUGCUCAUGCAACUUUUUGUUUGUACAACCCAAGGGUAAGGCAUCAUAUUCCUUCCAUGAUAACUGCUCAAAAACAACAUUUUUAAUCCAGAUAUACAGUUACAUUCUUUUCUGUGUUUAAUCAUAUCUAAUUAACAGGCCUGUGAAUCUUUUGAUUUGGAAUGGCAACAUAGAAUUGAGAUGCUGUUUAAAGCAUGGAUAAACUCUAUUAUGUUGUUUUUCUUGAGGAACUUCAAUGACACUAUCUUUUCUGUGAACUAAGAGUGAUGUAAUUACUAGGAACUCCUAGUGUCCUCUCUGGUGGACUUCUUGUUUACAGCUUUUCCAUUAAUUUAUUUAUUUUGAUGUUCCUUUAAAUGGUGUAUGUUGCAAUUUGCUACUAUGCGUUUUUGUUGCUAGGAACUAGCGCAGCUGCAAAGUUUUUGAGGGAUAAUGGGAUUGCACUAUUCAUGGUGCAAGAUGAAAUACUAAAUUUACUGCAGAAGGCAGAUAUGACUUUUACCAGUCCUGAGCAUCCUCCAUUGACUGAACAGGCUCAAAAAGCCCUUGAUUGGGCUGUUGAGGAAAAACUUAAGUCAGCAAGGAACAGCAGAAUCACAAGAUACUUCCAAAAUGCCCAUUAUAAUAAAGCUGAGAAUCUUGAGAUGUAUUUCAACCGUGCAAUUUUAAGUCUAAUACACAGAAGAGCUCCUAAUAGUAUAUUGUCUGAUUGAUUGAUAGGCAUGUAGUUGUUGAUGGAUAUAUGCCAUUACAAGGUAACGAACCAGACAACUUUGUUUCUGCUUCCCUCAUCUACAUCUCUUGUAUUUGAUCUGAUGUGGUCUGGCUGUUGCAACUUGUGAUUGAUUGUCACUUAGCUUGGCUGGUUUUCUUGUCCUUAUUUCAUGCAUGGCAUUGUUCAUUUAUCCUUAAACCAUUUGAUGUUUGUAUCUUAUCUUAGAUAAUUCUGUCUAGUUCAGGUGAAAGUGGGGAAAUAACUACAACUUACCUGCUCCUUGGCAUUUGGGCACAGAAAAAUUUAGCAGGCCACAAGGUCUUGCCUACUUUAGGUUUUAAUGACCAGAAAGCCAAGGAGCUUGAAAAAUUUGUAACUUUGAAGGCUUAAUAAUAAUAGAGCUAUUGCCCUUUUUCUGAUGACACUAAUGCUGUUCCAUGCAGAAAAACCAGCAUUUUGUUCCAAAUUUUAAGUAGGACAGAAGAUUUGACAAUUUGCCAACUUAUGGCCAUGGUGAGCAUUGUCUUCCUAGAGUAGAAGCUUGUUGGCGGAGCUAAUUAUCUAAUUCAUGUGAUGUUCCACUUAAGAUUGUGUUUCAAGCAGCGAGUGUUUUCAUCAACCAGAAGAGUUAACAGCUAUUUAUCUCGGUUUUGUAGACAAAACUAUAGUGCAGGUAUAAUUUGUGGUGAUUAUACCUAGAGAGAUAGAGGAGAGACGAGUUAUCUGGUAUUCUUUUUUCUUAAUUAGUAUUCUAGCAUGUGGCUGUGUUUCAUUUUAUGAUUGGAUUUAUAAUCGUGUUCCUAAGAUAGUUUAAGGUUGAUUUUAGUUAAUGAAGGAGGUAUUCUAGAGUUUUUCAGUCAUUCUCUAUUGAUCUUUGCAUAAGGUGCCUCCAUAUGUCAUUCUUGUUAUUCAUGCCACAAGUUUUUUUGUUUUAAUAAAUGGAUUUAUUAAUU